AUGGCUGAGCCGACCGAAACAGAAAAGAUGCUCCGCGGCGAGCUCUUCCGCGCCUUCACGCCAGACCUGGUAGCAGCGCGAGCACGCUGCAAAUACGCAUGCAACCGAUUCAACAAAACAGAUGAAGUACCGCGCCGACGGCUAGUGGAACUAUGGAGAGAUAUCAUCAACGACAAAACACCGCUUCCCUCACAACUAGCCGACCCUGUCGCAGACGAAGAACAAUUCAAAAACGAGCCCUGGAUUGAAGCACCCGUCAAAGUCGAUUAUGGAUUCAACGUAAAGCUGGGCGAUGGAGUCUUUGUCAACUUCAAUUGUGUCUUCAUUGAUACUUGCCCCAUCACUGUGGGUGCGCGCACGAUGUUCGGGCCUAAUGUUAAUUUGUUUGCGGGUACGCAUCCAUUGGACCCUGCACUGAGGAAUGGGACAGAGGGGCCAGAGAUGGGCAAGCCAAUUAGUAUUGGGGAAGAUUGUUGGAUUGGUGGGAAUGUUAUUGUGCUUCCUGGUGUUACUAUUGGGAAGGGGGCGACGAUUGGGGCUGGGAGUGUGGUUACUAAGGAUAUCCCCUCCUUUCAUGUGGCUGCUGGUAAUCCGGCCAGGAUCAUUCGCCGGAUUGAAACGACCAUGACCGAAUGA